AUGGCAGGUUUGAAGCAGUUUCUGGAUCGCUUCGGAGGCUGUGGUGACGCAGAGGCUCAGUGGCUGCAGAAACUGUUUGUCUUUGUCAGAGAUCACGUGUGUCCUGACUCUGCCCCCUCAGUGUGUGGUCUCAGUCUGGAGCUGGUCCGGGUCCUGAAGGAGAACAGCCCUUCUGGGACUUUACCCUUGUCCUACAGUCUCGUUUCAGUCUCUGAGCUGUUGUCGCAGCAGCGUGUUCCCUGCGUCAGUUGCCUCACUUGGUCGACCAAUCAGCACAGAGCGUGGAUGCGGGACUCUGAGCUGAUUGCAGGACUCCGCCCACUGCCCCGGGUGAAGCUGCUCCUGAUUGGAUCGCUGGGAAGGGAGCGAGGUCCAGACUUGAGUCUAAAGGACGCGACUGGGGAGGUUGCCUGCCAGUCUCAGGUCCCCCUUCAGUCUGGCUCUCUGGACACGCCUGUCUUCUUACCACACUGGAACUACAUACCCCAUAAUACACCAGGACUGCUUGAGCUUGUUGCUCCGCCCCUGCUGCUGUGCCCCGCCCCUCCACAGCAGCCAUUGGACAGCGUCACAGAGGGGGUGGGGCAUCUGACUGUCUAUCAAGCAGCGGCUCUCCUCUUUCGGCAUCAGAACAGUGGCCGUGCCCCUGAUGGCAGUGGGCGGGGCCUCUGCAGAGGGGGGCGUGUCUCUGUCAGUGGUCUGGUCUCUGCAGUCUGCCCCCUGUUGGACAUCAGUGGAACCUCAUUCUUCAUCUUCUGUUUGACACAAAACCAAACGAGCGUCAACGUCAUCGUCAAGGACAGUCUGUGGUGGAGCAGGAGCAUGCACGUGGACAUGAGAGUGCACGUGACACAGCUGAGAGUGUGCACGUUACGCAGCCGGAGGGGGGUCAGGGUCCUGAGCUCUACCGACCAAUCACAGCUCUGCGUUCAGACAGAGGACCAACUAGAGAGCAGGGUUCAAUCUCAGGACCAAUCACAGCUCUGCGUUCAGACAGAGGACCAAUCAGAGGGCAGGGUUCAAUCUCAGGACCAAUCACAGCCAGCGUCUAAAGACACGCAGCCUCAGAACCAACCUUUCGACCAAUCAGGACUUAGGCGUUCUACAGUCAUAAACUACAAGGGCACUGUGACGGAGGUGCUGAGCCGGGGGGCGGGACUUUAUGUGAUUGACAGUAAAGUGGGUCUAUGUUUGGCCAAUCAGCCGCUGCCGACGAGACGCAUCAGACCUGGAGACGUGGUCCAGGUCUCUAACGUGCACGUGUUGCGGAGGCCAAGCCCGGACCACGCUCCCAUCAUGCUUUGCUGCUGCCUUCGCUCUGGCGUCACAAUCACGGCCUUCAGCCCCGGUUACCGCAGCGACGAGGAGGAGGAGGAGCCGUGUCCAGGAGACGGGGUGUUGCCGCGGAUACUGCUGCAGAAGGAAGUGGAUGUGGCCGAAUACCUGUGGAUGUGUCAUGUGACUGAACGCCUGAGGAACAGCCUCUCUCCUCAGGGUCAGUGCUUGUGCCUUGUCUCCUGGAGCAUCCUUCAGUCUCUGACCACAAACCGGACGUCUCGCCGCCGUGACAUCUACGGAGAAAUGAUGGACACGCCCCACCACUGCCCUGUCACCACGUAUGGCUCCGCCUCCUCGCUUCCGCACGUGCUCAGUCUGGAGUCUCUGCACGCUGGUCUUCUCGCUCGCUGCUGGUCCUCACUGUCACUGCGCUCACUGCUGCCCUCUGAUGGACAGAGCAUGAACUGCAGCCAACUCAACGCUGCGCUUAGCUGGUCUCAGGUCAGCCAGAGAUCUCAGAAUCCAGACCCGAAAUUAGACCCGAGACCGGACCAGGGAGAGCGCCCCCUGGUGGUGGUGGGUCUGCUGCAGCUCCCGUCUCCAGAAUCUGAGGCUCUGAGUCUGGUGCUACAAGACGCAACAAUGGCUGUCCCAUGUGUGGUGACCGAGGGGAGACUGCACCAGGGACCAGGCCAGGGACCAGGCCAGGGACCGGACCAGGACAGGAGGGAGCAGACCGCCUUCUUCAGCUCAGCCUGGAUCGGCUGUCUGGUGUGUGUGCGUCACUUCACCAUGGUAACGGAGCGCUUCAUCCAAUCAGAUUUCCCCUCCUUCAACCACCUGGAGCAGGAGCACUUUAUCAGCCAAAAGCAGGCCAGGGUUUACCUCCAGUUCUCGCUGGACCAGGUGACCGUUCUCAGCCCCUCUGACUCCAUGGCAGCGCUGCAGGAGGCGGAGUCAGAGGAACCCGAUGUAAAGAAGAGAAAAACUGACUGCUCACAGGGUGGCGGAGUCACGGGCUGCGUCUCGGUGGUGAUUCGAGCAGAGCAGAAACAGGGUGUGGCCUACAGGAACGUGGGGGCGGGCUCUACGCUGUCAUUCAACCUCAGAGCUGCCGUGAUUGGCCCGGUUGUCAGCUGGGGGCGGGACCCAAAGAACCGUCCAAUCACAGAGAGAGAGAUGACAACGACAGGAGAAAAGACGAACAUGAGCCUGUCCUUCUCUGGCGCCUCCUCUCGCUGGUUCCCUCUGCUGCAGGACGACUGCUACUACAGACUGGUGGCUCCAGGAACUCAGGAUCCCAGCGUUUUGAUUGGCUGCACUGUUGCCGGGCAGACAGGGGUGGAGCUGCACGCUGACUCUGCCCUCCAGGUUCUCUCUGAUUGGAGGAUUCACACUGUGCCCCGCCCCCUGAACGAGGCACCAGAGUCAUGUGACCUCGGCAGUUUGAGCAACGUCAUCAGCUCCACUUCGGCUCUGGUCAGCUUCACUGCUCUGGUCUCAGACAGAGUUGGAGUCAGCGACAGAAGCAAAACAUCACAGACAGGGGCACGUCUCACGGUGUGUGAUGACGGAGGGCGGAGCCUGCACGUGUACCUGGACACAGGCCACGCCCCGUUCAUACCUGGACUGUUACCUGGCAACCGACUGCGCUUCAGCCGCCUGCAAAGGAAGGUGUCUAGGGCCGGGUCGGUCUACUGCUGCUGGCUCCCGGUCUCCAGCGUCUGCAUUGUCUCCACACAAAGUCAGAGUGCAGCGCCGCCUCAGUUUCCCAUGAUGCUCUUGGGCCUCUGGAUGCAGGAGGGUGGGGUCAGUGUGGCACGGGUCAGAGGUCAGCUGGUCUGUGUCCUCUUCCUGCAGCUUCAGUGGAGCUGCUCCCUCUGCGAGCGCCGCUUCACCACCAACUGCAGCGGCCCCCAGUGCACCUCCUCUUCUGCAGUGUUUCAGGCUAAAGCAAAAGUGGUGCUGGAGGAUGGUUCUGCCGAGGCUCACGUCUUCUUCUACAACGCUCUGGUGCAGACUGUGCUCCGAUUGGACGACUCGCAGUGGGCGGGGCUUCAGCGGGCGGUCAAGGUCAAAGGUCACAUCCAGGUCACGCCCAGAGGGAGGGGCUUAUCUGUGACUGGUCCAGACCAACUCCUUCUGCAGCUCCUCCUUUCUCUUUCUGCUGAAGUUCUGUUCGGCUCUGUGACUCUGACCUGUCGACGCCAGCGCUCCUCCAGACCUGGGGGUAACCACGAUCUGCGGCGCGUGGUCCGAGGAGACAGAGACUUUAUGACCCGAGUGACUCCGCCCCUUCAGCUCACCUGUGACUACCUGGAGAGAAGCUGA